UUUAUUAAUAAUAUUAUUAUUAUUAUUUCUAUUUCGUAUAAAAGCAUACUAAAAAAUAAUUGCAUUUAGUUAAUUGCAAUUAUAAUAUUAAAAAUAAAAAUUAAUAUAUGUAUUUAUAAUUAUGUAAAUAAUAGCAUAAAUGAAAUGCUAUAAAAGAAUAUUUUAUUGCAUAGAGAAAAACGCUAUUAUAUCUCGUAAUAUGAUAGCAAUGCAAUAAACCGCUAUCUAAAGUGUGUGACCUAUUAUAACGGGCGAUGAUAUAGCGCUUGUUAAAACGCUAUGGUAUCUUUAGAUAGCGUUUUUCGGCCGCUAAGAAAAGCCAUUUUUCUUGUAGUGUUUUCCCUACGAAGAAUCAGAUAAUGAGUUUUGAAAAUAGCAGUAAUACAAGAACAUCUUUCACCAGAUCUCGUAUUUCGGGUAUACAAGAACACCCAUACCUGAAUUUAAAGCACUACCAGACGUCUCCGAUGACCUUUCCACGCGCAGGGAAUGAUAUUUUUGUCCAAAAUCACCAUAAAUAUGUAACAUAUUGUAGCCUUUCAUUUGCUAUGUGCAUAUAUUUUAUUUAAAUCCUAUAAUGGAUAUGAUCCCAAAUUUCUCAUAAAAAUAUAGGGUUGGGCAAAAAAUGUGAAUCCAUAAAAACCGAACUAAGGCCGAUCCAAAGAAUAGUACUAAACUUUAACAAAAAUUGGUUAGAUAUCCGAAUGGAUUCAAAAUUUUGGUAUCUAGAGAACCAGAACCGAAUCCGAUCCAAACCAUAAUAUUUUAGGUAUCUGAAUAUAUUCGAACAAGAUUUAUAGACUUAAAUAUAUUAGUUAUUUUUAAAUUUAAUAUCUAAUAGAAUAUACAAAAUAUAUAACGUUUUUAAGUUAUCCAAAAUACUUGAAAAUAUAUACAAAUAGUUAUAAGUACAUGUUUAAAAUAGCUAACGAUACUUAUAAUACCUAAAAUACUUCAAAAUACCUAUUGAUUUUCUAUCCAAAUAUUUAAGCUAAACCAAUUUUUAUGUUAAGUUUAAGUAUUUUGGCAUACAUCAUUCAAAUUUAUAUGUUAUAUAUUAUUUGUUUUUAGAUUUUGAAAAAUUUAAAUUAUAUAUGAACUUUAUUUUUGAUAAAAAUUUAAAUAGGUUAUCCGAACCCAAACCCGAACCAAACCCGCAAAGAUCCGAUUCGAACCAAACCAAACCCUUAAGGAUUCGAAUCGAACCAAAUGAUACUCAAACGUCCACCUCUAAUCAAAUGUAAAAAAAGUAUUGAUAACAAAUAUAUAUUUUUAUAAUAUUAAUUACAAUAUAUUUUAUAAAAAAAAUCACUCCACCCAGGAUGCAAAUUAUUAUCUAGUGUGCAACUAUUGGCACACACAAAAUUGUACAACUACGAACGUACUGAAAUUCCGGAAACUCCUACAAGACCCUUUUACGUGCUUAUUUUGUUAACGUAAUAUUGUAAUUAUAUCAUAAUCCAAUUUCAGUCAUCUUAUAUAAAUCGCAAUUUUUUUUUGUAACUUAUAUAAAUCGCAAUUUGGCACGUUCAUAUCAUCACGAUGAUGAUAAUGAGAACAUUAAUUAUCAUAAAGGGGAAAAAAUAUCUUAAUGAUUCCUUUCGGUACCACUAUAUAAAGAAGACGACACUCAAUAGUUUCAACGUACUUCAUCAUUUCCUCACAAAACCAAACCUUAAACCUCAAGAUGGGGUUUCUUCACAAACAGUAUCACUCCUUUGUGAUACUUCUCCUUUUUGGUUUCCUCGCCAUCUCUUACGCUUGUGAAUGUAGUGACCCUCCAAAACCAUCAACUCCACCACCGUACACUCCAUGCCCUCCCACCGCGAAGCCACCGCCACCACCAACCCCAUCUCCUCCACCACCGUACGUCAAACCACCGCCACCUCCAACCCCUUCGCCCCCACCACCGUACGUCAAGCCACCACCGCCAACCCUAUCGCCCCCACCACCGUACGUCAAGCCACCACCACCACCAACUCCAUCGCCCCCACCACCUUACGUCAAGCCACCACCACCACCAACUCCAUCGCCCCCACCACCUUACGUCAAGCCACCACCACCACCAACUCCAUCGCCCCCACCACCUUACGUGAAGCCACCACCACCACCAACUCCAUCGCCCCCCCCACCACACAUCCAGCCACCGCCACCACCAACUCCAUCGCCCCCACCACCAUACGUCAAGCCACCGCCACCGCCAACCCCAUCUCCCCCACCACCACAUAUCCAGCCACCGCCACCGCCAACUCCAUCGCCCCCACCACCAUACGUCAAGCCACCGCCACCGCCAACCCCAUCUCCUCCACCACCACACAUCCAGCCACCACCACCACCAACUCCAUCGCCCCCACCACCAUACGUCAAGCCACCGCCACCGCCAACCCCAUCUCCUCCACCGCCACCAACCCCAUGUCCUCCUCCACCUCCAGCACCAACACCUAAGCCUAAGACUUGCUCAAUCAACGUGCUUAAGCUAGGCGCAUGUGUGGACGUGCUUGGCGGUUUGAUUCACGUUGGACUAGGGAAAGGCUAUGCCAAGACGAAAUGUUGCCCGGUUCUUGACGGUUUAGUGGGUCUUGACGCAGCGGUUUGUCUUUGUAGCAGCAUUAGAGCCAAGCUUCUCAAUAUUGACCUGGUUAUUCCAAUUGCUCUUGAGCUUCUUAUCGACUGUGGUAAGACUCCACCUCGUGACUUCAAGUGUCCUGCUCCACAACAAAGGAAUCCUCUCUUGGGUUGAUCUCCUUGUGUUUCAUUUGAUUCCGUGAAAAGUAUUUAAGUUCUCAAGAUUUAUGUUCUUUUUAACGUUUUCUGAUUCCUAAAUCAGUAGCCAAAAAGGAUCAAAUUUUAUUACUUCUCUAAAUCAAAAGGCAACUUUUAUGUUAUUGUAAGGUUAUUGUAUGUGGUAAACAAUGUUACAUGAAAUUUAAAAUUUAAGGGGAUUUUUUAGCACCACUUAGUUUCA